AACAAGUUGGCUUUAGGUUGAUAAUGCGUACAGCGUCGCUCGGGGGAACGUAAGAAAAAUUUGAAGGUCUUUCUUGCUGCAAACUAUUUCAACUUGUAACAGCUCAUUUUGCUGCGGAACAGGUUGAUGCAUUGGUGGUAAAAACGCGCAGCAUCGCUUUUUCCUGCUUGUUUAGCAGUAAUGUUGCCAGGCAACUGGAGUGAUUUUGUUGUAUUUUUCAGGCAAUGCCCUUUAUUGUCGUCUUUGAUUGGUCAGUCAAAUCAGCCAAUCAGGGACCUGAAGUUUUUGGGCGUGACUUUUUGAACCUAAUAUGAUUGGUCAAUUACAUCGAGCCAAUCAAAUAGUUUCUAUAAAUAGUGUAUUUUGAACCUUCAUUUACGUAAUAGAUGAUCAGUCAGUUAAAUCGGCCAAUCAGAGGUGUGGAUGUAGAUUCUCAUCGAUACAGCUGAUUGGUCAGUUGCGUAAGCCAAUCAGAGUGCUUCCUUCAUAUAGUUUCAUUAGGUGUGACGGUGAACUCUUAGAGUUAACCACGAAAAAGUUUAAUUAGUGUACUUGCGUCCAUUAAAACAGCCUAUCCAAUCAAUUUACAGAAGUCUUUCAAAUUUUUUKAAAAAUUCAAAUUUCAGUUUUGAAGGACACGUAGUAUUUUUAUCAAGUCAGCCAGUAGAACGAUCAUAAAGAGGGGUUACAUGUGAAAAUCAUGGCAAACGGUACUGAUGAUGACUACAUGAUAGGCCCAACCAGCGAGUUAAGAAUCAAACUUCAAGUGUCCUUUCUCUCCAUCCUGUUGCUCUUUGGUAUUUUGACYAAUGGAAGUAYGUUGACUCUUUUMACACGGUUCAGGCGCCUGCGAACAUUGACAAACUAUCUCCUUAUUGACCUGACCAUCGUCGAGUUCCUGGACGUGGUAGUUAAUGUCCCAAUCUUCAUGGAGUUUUUUCUACUAACAAAAAAGAAAAAUCUUGAUCGUCAAACGCGAUGGUUCGCCAUGUUGUUUCAUCGAUUCUUUCUUAUCAACGAUCUCUUUACCCAACUGGCGCUUUCUUUCGACUGCUUUCUAGCAAUUUUGUUUGGCAGGCGGUUUACAGGGAACAAAACACAUAACAAYAUCAUAGUUGUCAUUGUAUCGAAGUGGGCUGCCAUACUGGGAUUGCUGUUGGUGUUUUCCAUACCAAARUACAAGUCCGAUGAGGAAACAGUCUCUGACGAGGCUUACCAAAGACUUUUGUUUGGACCAAGUCAAAUAAUCUGGAAAACUGUAAUUCCAAGUUCCCAGGCUGCAGCAGUUGUUCUGAUCUUAAUGACCAAUUAUUUCAUUAUCAAAAGCAGGAACGACGUAUCUGUACGAUAUGGUAUGAAGGUCUUUGGGAAAGGAAUCAAGAACAACUCCAAAGCCGUGAACACAUUGUUUAUAAUAAUGGUCGUUCAAACACUCUGCAAGGUCCCAGCCUCUGUGUACAGCUACAUUGCCGUGGAUGAUAGAGUCGAGGGGAACCGAUGGUUUGCUUUCAUGGCUUAUUACUGUCUAUUCCUGUCCAGUAGCAUUAUGCCUGUGAUCUAUUUUACACGAUCUGAGGCCUUCAAGCGAUCUUUGGUUCAAUUACGAAAACACCCUUUUUCUAGGAAUGCUUACCUUGACUUUGCUGCCUAUCAUGGCUACACACAUCAUAGAAAUGGCAGAUUGCUUAUUAAAAUGAAAAAACUUAAGAAAGAAAGAAAGGAUGGUGCUACCUUUGAACAACCUGAAGUUACAUCUAUACAAGGUCAACAGGAAAGGAGUUUAAAAAAAUCAAGAGCAUGUACCAUUGAUGAUGUGACAACAGAAGGCACAACAAAGCAAACAAGCUGCCCUAGCUCAGACUUAAUAGAAAAAUCAGUUGCAGUCAAUAUGAAAUCUUCCUUUGUUACCUACAAUGAUAACACAGAGAGAGUGGUCAGUACUUCUGACAACAAGAAUAGCGACACAGAGAAAACUCCGAGUACUUCUGACAACAAGAGCAACGAUACAGGGAAAACGGCGAGUACUUUUGACAACAAGAACAACGAUACAGGGAAAACUGCUAGUACUUCUGACAGCAAGAACAGUGACAUAGAGAAAACUCCGAGUACUUCUGACAACAAGAGCAACGAUACAGGGAAAACGGCGAGUACUUUUGACAACAAGAACAACGAUACAGGGAAAACUGCUAGUACUUCUGACAGCAAGAACAGUGACAUAGAGAAAACUCCGAGUACUUCUGACAACAACAACAGCGACAUCAUCGUAAAUUGUAUAGCCAAGUCAUCCGCGCAAGCUAGCGUUGAUAAGGAACGUGAGAAGUCCGACACUGAUGGAGACGAUGGGACCUAUGUAGUUACGCGCAUGAUUGUUAAUGUACAAAUACAUCGUAAUGGCUCAGUGGGACCUCCUGAUGAUGUCCCUAGCCCUCAAGGGAACAUUCCUGGUCAUUCUGAUGGUGACCCAUCUAGUGAUGUACCUAAGAACAUGAAUGAUGAUUGUAAUGCUACACCCGAAAGGGACUUGAAUCCACUUCAUGGGAAUGAACUAGAAAGGGACACUGAAGCUGAUWACAAUAGCGUAMCAUCAAAUAGAGRACCUACCAUGCUWGAUAACGUUCCAUCCUCAGAGGACAAACCCUCUUGUGAAGAAUUCGAUACUCAUUUGUGA